AUGAUUCUCGAUUCUUUGGCUAUGGGCAGCUGGUGCCCUGCCCUGACCGUCCCCUCCUUUUGGAGUCUACUGAGUGGAUUCCUUGCCUUGCUGUGUGUCUACUAUGUGGGCUGGAUCACCUACACUCUCUGCUUCCACCCUCUGAGUGGCUACCCUGGACCCAAGCUGGCUGCCAUCACUCCUUUGGUUCAUCUCAUCUGGGACAUCCAGGGUAAGCAGCACUCGACUAUGAAGCGUCUUCACGACAAGUAUGGAGACGUGGUUCGUAUUGCUCCAAAUGCCCUCGUUUACCGUGCCUCAACCGCCUGGAAGGAGAUCUACGGUCACCGCAAGAAGGGACAACUAGUCUUCAUCAAGGAUCCGGCCUUGUAUGCACCCACUCCCAACGGUGUCAAUGCAAUUAUCACAGCCAAUGAGCAUGACCAUUCCCGCAUGCGCCGUUUGCUGACCCAUGCCUUCUCCAACAAAGCUCUGGGCGAGCAGGAAGAAAUCCUCCAGAUGUACGCCGGCAUGUUCAUCGAAAAGCUCAAGGGCCUCAUGGGAAGUGCAGUGUCCCGGAAUAUUGAUAUUACCUGCUGGUUCAACUUUACUACCUUCGACCUCAUUGGUGACCUCGCUUUUGGAGAACCUUUCGGCUGCUUGUCAAACAGCACUUACCACUGGUGGGUUCGAAUUAUUCUGGAUGCUGUUAAGGCAAGUGCCUACCUCAAGAUCUUUUGGUUCUACCCUUUCCUCAUCCCCUUGGUCCGGGUCCUCGUCCCCAAGCACCUGCUUCAGAAACGCCAGGCCAGCUUCGACCUGAGCGUCGAGAAAAUUCGUCGUCGUCUCGCCCUAGGCGCCACUCGCCCCGACUUCACUUCGUACAUCCUCAAGCAUUCCAGGGAUGGAAAGGGCAUGUCGUUUGAGGAGAUGGAUGCAAACUCCGCAGUGCUCGUUCUGGCCGGCAGCGAGACUACCGCUGCCCUCCUCUCCGGUGUGACAUACUAUCUUCUGCGCUGCCGUGACAAGUACGAGCGUCUGAUCCGGGAAAUUCGUGGCGCUUUCGACAAAGACGCUGACAUUAAGCUGUCCACUCUCGUGGAGCUCCCAUACCUCAAUGCUGUUUUGACGGAGGCGAUGCGCAUCUAUCCGCCUAUUCCUUCCAUGCUUCCCCGAGUUGUUCCCGAGGGAGGAGCCAUGAUCAACAACCGCUACGUUCCUGGAAAUGCCUCCGUCUCCGUCUCUUUGUACUCCGCCUUCCAUGCGGUCUCGCACUUCAAGAACCCCGAGGUAUUCGUCCCAGAGCGCUGGUUGAACGAGUCCGACGAGUACAUGAACGAUAAGAAGGAGGCCUUCCAGCCAUACUCCUACGGUCCGCGCAACUGUCUUGGUCAACACCUUGCCAACGCCGAGAUGCGUCUCCUUCUCGCUAAGCUUCUGUGGAACUUCGACCUAGAGCUGCUCCCUGAGUCUGUCAACUGGACUGACCAGAAGUCCUUCUCGCUCUGGAGCCGACCUGAGCUGAUGGUCAAGCUGUUUCGUGUGGGUGCUGGAUCUGCUCUGUAA